AUGCCGCGCAACACAAGCUACGUCAUGCAGACAAUGACGCAAGGGUCGCUGCGCAUUGUCGUUGACGCCAACGGGCGCGUGCGCAUGGAGCAGGCCACGCCGACGUUCCGACCGCUCACUGCGGCAUCCGACGUCGACGCCGUCCUCGCCUCCCUCAACCUGCCGCGCGAGUACCUUGGGGACGUCCCGAUCACGAUCGUAUCGACGGGGCUGCCCGACAUCUUUGUGCACGUCACCUCCUCGCACGUGCUCCACGACGUGCUGCGCCCAGAUAUGGCCGCGAUCAGCGCGCUCUCGACGCAGCACGACACGAUCGGUAUGCACGUGUUUACGCUGUCGCCGGACGAAGAUGACGUGACGGCCGAGUGCCGCAACUUUGCGCCGCGCUUUGGCAUCGACGAAGAGGCCGCGACGGGCACGUCGUCGGGGGCUCUCGGCGCGCUCCUGCUGCACCACGGCCGCGCCACGUCACCGCUGACGUUUUCGCAAGGCCGGCGCAUGGGCUUGCCGUCGCGCAUUGGCUGCAUCAUCACCACCAAUGACGACGCGUCGAUCGCGGGCGUCGAGAUUUCGGGCAUCGCUGACCGCUGCGGCGGCCAGGACGUCGACGCGUCCACGCAGCAGUAG